UUUUUCGAUUUCUUUUUCUUCUAUAAUCCUUUUGUUUCGACGAAAAUUUAAAGUAUAGAAGCCAUUUUAGCCGUUGUUAGAGUCGUGAGGUGUUGAAUUGGGGUGGUUUUUCUUAUAGUUUUCGCGAGUUCAUAUGUAGAAAAAGAAGGUUAAAAAAGGUAACUUUGGCAAGAACGACGUCGGUCUGGACCAUAAUGUUGGAGCUCGUGUGACCCUUUUGAGCAAAAGGGUGUAAAAUGUAGAGGAAAGGGCUGAAUUUGGGGAAUUAGGGCGGUUUCACGGUUUUGUUGCUAGGCCUUUAGGGCAGGCUAGAUUAGGCUGGAGGACAUUUUGCUUGCUUGGUUGAGGGGAAGGAUGGAAUUUAGGAGAUUAUGGGAGUUGUUAGAUAGGAGUGGCAGUUUAUGAUACAAUUUAUUGAGGAGAAUGGUCGAAUGUCGGAAGUUAGGACUGUUGUACAAUGGUGUCAAUAGACCAUGUUCGUGUUGGAUUGGUUGAGGAAAAGGGUAGGAUUUAGGAAAUUGGGAUGGUUGUUAGAUCGUGCUAGACUAGGCUUGAGGGUCAUACGGGAGACGACAGUUGGAUUGGUUGAGUAAGAAGGUAGAAUAUUGGAAAUUAUCUUAUGUGCAUGUGUUCAUGAGAUUUAUGUGAUUUGUUAGAUAGGGGAAGGGUGGAAUUUAGGAGAUUAUGGGAGUUGUUAGAUAGGUGUGGCAAUUUAUGAUACAACUGAUUCAGGACAAGGGUUGAAUUUCGGAAAUUAGGACGGUUGCACAAUGGUGUCGUUAGACCAUGUUAGUCUAGGCUUGAUGACCAUUGUAUUGGAUUGGUUGGGGAAAACGGUAGAAGUUUAGGAAAUUGGGAUAGUUGUUCGACAGUGCUAGACUAGGCUGGAGGGUCACGGUCACGCUCACGCUAGAGAUGACCAUUUGAUUGGUUGAGCAAGAAGGGACAUGGAAGAAGUGAGAGUGUUGGUUAGGUUUGGUGGAAAGUGGGAAACUUCUGCUGGUGGGCGGUAUGCAUAUAAUGGUGGUAGGUUGAAAGGAAUGAAAGUUACCAAGCAUGUUGCAUACAAAGAUUUUGUGGAAGAAUUAUAUCAGACUAUUGAAGUGGAUGCAAAUGAAUAUGAUUUAAAAAUGGAAGUCUUAUGGCGGUCAACUUCCAUGCCCAUUCCCCCAAUGGAGAUAUCUAAUGAUAAUGAUCUUUGCUUUUUCCUGGAUGGGGUCGUUGGGCCGGAUGAUGACUUUAUUCCGCUGUGUAUCACACUUGUUCCUAAGGCUUCUAUACUUCCUGUAGUGAGGUCUCCAGUUCAUCAAAUAUCGAAUUGUUACACUCAUUUUGUUUCGGGUAGUGGAAGUAAUCAAAUAGGUUCAAUCACUUGUAGCCCAAACGAGCCAGAAGUAGAGACAAAUCCAUCAUAUGUUCCUGUAAAGACGCUUGAGGAAGAAUUGCCCUUUUCACAGCCACAAAUGUCAGAACCGACAUUGUCUCAGCAACAAACCUUGGUCAAAAAUGAUGCAGCGCAUAACACACAAGGCAAUGCACAUCAAGUUGAUGGAACUGGAACUAAUACCGUAGAUGGUAAUGCUAUGAUGGAUGACAAGGGUGUUUUGGAAGGGACUAAGAAGGGGAAUCAGGUGAAGGAUAAUGCUCCUGUGAAAAGUGUGAACGGUUUGCAUCAGAAUCUUCAGAAUGCUAUGCCUUCAAAGCGAUUUUCUUAUUUGCCUUAUUUGCCAGAAUGUGACGCUACCUCAUUAUCUGAUGAUGACGACGCAUUAUUAGUCGGGAAGACAUUCUCAUCCAAAAAGGAGCUGCAAAAGAAUCUGGGCCUUCAUGCAGUAAAGAACCACUAUCAAUUCAAAGUCAAUAAAUCAUCCACAAAGCGUUUUGAGGCACUUUGUAUAAAUAAAAAUUGCAAGUGGCGUGCCCGUGCAGUAAAACUUGCAGAGAGUGAUGCUUUUGAGUUAAGGAGGUUGGAUCAAAACCAUUCAUGUGCAACUCGGCAAGCAACCAACCAUUCAUAUGAAACUCAGCAACCAUCUGUACGCCAUCGUCAAGCAACCAGUUGGUUUAUAGGUGAUUAUGUCAAGGAGCGGCUGCAGGAGAAACAAUAUAAUUAUAACACAAAAGAAAUCAGAGAGGACAUACGAACUGAUUUUGGAAUCGAACUUUCUUACACUACAUGUUCCAGGGCUAGGGCAUCUGCCAUCAAACAAAUGAAAGAAUCACUAGAAAAUUCAAAUGAAGUGUUUCCUUCUAUAGAUGAGAAACUCGGACAAAAAAAGCACGAGCUAAGCAGCAAAGCACAAAAAAUGUGUGGUCGAUGUGGCAUCUAUGGACACAAUCGAAAAUCAUGUAAGAAUCCAGUUCCUCCCCAACCCUCAUGUGAAGGUAAAAGUUAGGCAUGAACAACAAAUCUGCAUCAUCUUUUUGCAUAAAAAUUUAACAUAUAAUGUAGUUAUGUUUAGAUAUGAAAUCUAACUUAUUGUGACACUGCAAUGCAUGUUAUUUUAUCAGAUAAAUUGUGGUUAGAGGCUAUUGUACAAAAUCCUAUUAAACACUAUGAAUAUUUCUAACCAAUACUACUUCAUCUGUUCUCAUAAGAUUAGCAAUUGCAAAUU